GUAUGUCAGAGCAAUCAAUAUCCGAUGUUCUCAGUGGAGCAUUUGCAGGAGUAUGUUUUAGACUUUUUGGACAUCCUUUUGAGUAAAAAAUCUUAUAUAUAUUGUAGUACUAUUAAGGUGAGAAUGAUUAUGGGAAACUCAAAAAAGUCAAUUUUUAGAACGGGUUUGGACAUUUAUAAAAAAGAAGGAGUAAUGAAUUAUUUCAGCUUAGUUUAAAGCUUAUUAUAAAGGAAUGCUAUCUCCAAUAUUGGCUGAAGUACCUUGUAAUGCAGUAAUGUUUGCAGUAUAUGAAGCAGUAUAUCGUGAGCUUUGUCCUUAUCCAUACAGUAAUCAACCAUAAUUUGCUUCAUGUAAGAUAAAAUUUCUAUAAUAGGGCUAAUUGCUGGUGGAGUCAGUGGAGUAGCUUAUGCAAUGGUAGUAUGUCCAGCUGAGAUGAUUAAAUGUUUACUUCAAAUGCAAAUAAAAAAUAUUGAUAAUGAAUUGAGGUCUCCAUUAAGAUGUGUAAUCACCUUAUUAUAGAGAGAGGGCAUUAGAGGAUUGUUCAAAGGAUUAGUGGCUACAAUAAUUAGAGAUGUCCCUUAGAAUGCAGGUAUUUAUUAAUUCUAUAAGCUUUUUAGCUUUCUUUACAACAUAUGAAUAUACAAAAUAUUUAUUCAAACAAAGGAAUAGCUCAGAUGAUAUUAAUUUUUGGUAGGCAUUAGUUUGUGGAGGGUUGAGUGGUAUAGCUUGUUGUCUUGCUUCAUAUCCUUUGGAUGUUGUUAAAACUUAACUAUAAUGUGAGGCUGCUUUGUUCAAAUCUCAAAGAAAAUUCAGACCUUUAUUGAUGGAUGGAGGUGUAAUUAUGUGUACUACACACAUUUUACAAAAAAACGGAAUCAUGGGUAAUUUAAAUUAUAUAAAAUAUAGGUUUCUUUAAUGGAAUCUAAAGUUGUCUUAUUUAUUAUUUAAUUGGAUGUUCUGCCUAAUUUACAGGUUAUUAUUAUGCAUAAUAACUUUUCAAAUAAGCACUUCCUAUUUAUUGA